CGUCACACGUGACAGCCGCAAAACUCUGUUCUCCUGACCAUUGUAAGCGCUGCGGACCUGCGGUGCCGAACUUUCUACGGCCAUAAACAUGCCUGGAAAAUGUAAAUUCCAGGUUGCGUGGCUUUCCAAGGAUAUAUACAAAGACUGGCUCGUCAAAGACCCACAAGACAUUCAGUUGGCCAGAUGCAAAGCUUGUUGCAAAGCAAUUAAACUGCAGACGAUGGGAGAGGCAGCCCUCACAAGCCACGCCGCGGGCUGUGGCCAUAAAGCAGCAGUCCGCAAGCUCGUAGAAGCAACAAACGCAAACGAGGAUGCCCAUGCAAGCGUGUGUGUGUUGAUAUUAGGUGGUCGGAUCAGCAACCACACAGACCCACCAAAACAUAUUAAAACCCCUAGCAGAUGUCACUAUUCCAUUCAGACCGCCAUUUUGGGUGUCAGGCGCGGAUCAAGCCUAGGGCCGAGGCUUGCCAGCCUGAGAGAACCAGUGUGCAGUUUUCCAGGUUAUAUAGUCCCGCUCUACUUUGGCCAUAAUGGUGCACGCUUGUGUUGCUGUUGGGUGUCACAAAAGGAAGACUCCUGGCUCGCUUGUGUCAUUUGACCGAUAUCCCCAUGAUUUGGAGAGAAGGCAGCACUGGGUGACAGCUGUGAAACGCAACGGUGCCUGCAUUGGAGCCCAGUCGACUCAAUCUGCACAGUGCACUUUGCAUCUCGGGUAAACAAAGUAGGAAUCCACUGUCCCCGGACUACUCUCCAACAGUGGUGGGAAACCUUGAAUUUCCGCGUCAAACAAAAAAAACCUGCAGCUCUUAAAACCAAAAGACGGUUGAGCAAUAAUAAGGCGCAGGAUGAUGCUGCUGCCACUGCUGCUGGGGUCACACUCCUGGGACAUGACGACAGCCCCCCACAACGUGAGCCAAACACACCAGCCAAACCCUGAGAGCCUUGACGUAGUACCCCCCCUGGUCAGCCCUCGCUUGACACCCCAAAUGGCGGCGAAUGCAAAAGUGACAUCACACGCAAAGGGUCACAUCAUGGUGAUGAAUGUCGCCGAUCAUGUGAACGGCUACGGCAAUAUCAAGGAUGAGGAGGAGAAGGAGCCGGUGGCUCUCGGCCUGCACCUCAACGCCUUCGACCGGCUGACAGGAAGUGACCCGUCGGCAGACCUGGAGCACAGUGUCCUCGGCGGCAGCUCCGCUUCCCACAACGCCUCGUUCCAGGAGGUCACGUUCCCGACCAGCUUCAUAGACUCGCGCGGCGUGCCGAGCCAAAGCAGUGUGGACUGUGGUGUCCCCAGGGUCCAACCUCCCAACAUCAACCCCCACCACCACCCUCCCCGCCUCCUCCUCCACGCUCCCCAGCAGCCCCCCCUACACCACCGGCCUCCGUCACCAGCCCGACGCCGCUGCGAGGAGCCGGCGCUGCGAGACACGGCGCCCCCUCCCAAGUUUCCUCGCACGCCUCGCUCCGUGACGGCGGCGGCGGCGGCGGCCCUCGCCAGACGGGAGCGGGAGCAGCGGGAGAGGGUGGAGGCCCUGGAGGAGGAGCGGGUGGAGAUGCUGGGGGAGCAGCAGCAGCAGGAGGGGCGCAGGGAGCAGAUGGAGAGCCUGGAGUGGGAGCGGCGCAUGCGGGUGCUGGUGUGGGAGCAGGAGGUGCUGAGGGAGAAGGGCAGGGCGGCCCGGGAGAAGGCCCGGGCCUACCGCAUGAAGAGGAGGUACUACGGGGCCAAGCUGAAGAGGAUGGGCCAGGACGUCCCGCCGUCGUCGUCCUCCGGCAGCGACCAGGACGAGUGGGGGAGCGGCGAGCGGGCGACCAAGGAGGGGGCGAUUGUGUGACGUCACAACGAGAUGGACUUAAAUGUUUUUUUUUAUUUUUUUUAUUGACUAUAUACCCGUUUGUCUUCAUAAGACAAAUGGGGAAGACUAUUUUUAUAUAUCAUUCGUUUGUUACGUUCCCAGUGAUUGUACCCACUGCUUUAAUGUGCGGGGAAUGUGUCGGUAUCUUGAAACAAUCUCUGACGUUGUUUUGAAGAGAUUGUUGAUUUUGCUGCUGUUUGAAAGCUCCGAGACAAUAUCAAGUUAAUGGAGGACUAUAAGUAUGGUUCUAAAUGAUCUUAAUUAUUGAGGGCAAUAAUUUCAAAAGUCAAUACAAAUCUGGAAGAUUUAAAUUUCAUGAUUAUAUUGUCAUUUCUUUUUUUAAUACUGUAAUAUAUCAUUGUACUACUUUGGAUGCCCAUAUUGAACUUGUUUGUAAAUGUUUGCCUGGUACAGUUUGAUGGCCUUGUGACAGUGAAACCAUCCAAAGGUUUAAGUUUGAGCAGCAAUGGAUUUUCACAUAUGGGCGUGGCCUGACAUUAAGAAUUUGAGCCAAUCUGAAUAAAUUACUAGGUAACGCCGUUGGUCUCUUCGCUCAUGCCAAAUAGAAUAGUACAUAAGGCAGAAACAUUGAAAUAAGUAUUGUGCAAAUUACUGUUUAUCCUUUAACAUCGUUAUUCAAUCUAUUUCAGAUGAGAGGGAUCUGAUGCUAACUCCUCCCCCUACCGCUGAUUGGUCCAAUUUUACAUUUUUGAGAAUGGCUUCAUCAGGCUCGAGCCGAGACUGAUCUGCGCAAAUCGAGAGAAUGUGAAGUCACAAGCUCAGGAUAAUCCCAAACUGCUAACGGUUUCAAGGCACAAGAUCUAGAAGGCUAAUUUGCGUCUUUUGUCAAAUUGUCUUAACGGUCAUGCUCAAUAACUACAAUCACAGUUGAUGGUUUUAAAAUUCUUAUUAAA